UUGAUCAUUUUGCGACCAAAAAGUCUCCUGGAACUCCCAAUCAAGGAAAACGAAAGGUUCCCUGUGUCAAACGAAGAGUGCAUGCAUUACAACUCAAUAAUCGAACUUGCAUAUACAAAAAGAAUUCAGAGGAAGUAUGCGUUGACGUACUCGAUGGUUCAUUGCAAUUAUGUAUCACUUGGACAAAGCCUUAUGCCAACCGGGCACGUCGACAACUUUUUGAUCCCUUGCUUUUGUCGGAAGUUCUUCGAGGACCGUCAUCCCUCAAUCUCUGGAAGGCACCAUUUCUUCCCGAAUAUUGGUGAGAACAUACUGAACUACCAAGACGAUAAACUAAGAUCAAUUGCCACUUCGUUUCUGGGGGCAGCAUCAGCAAGUAGGGGUAAACGUCUAGAUUUGUCAAAUACGCUGUUCUUCCCCACAUGUCUCGACAACCAUUGGAUAGUGUUUGCUGUCGAUUUCAAGUGGAAACUUUUUGCUUUCUUGGAUUCUUUUUAUGACAAGGACUCGUAUCUUCACAAGACUAUCAGAGAGAAAUUUAUCAAGAACUUCAUCAAGUUGUGGGAAAUCAUUUUCCAAACAGACCAGCAUAAUUUCAAGAUUUUCAAAAGGAUGUACCCUCAUGUGCCCAAACAGACUAAUGGAAAUGAUUGUGGAGUGUUUGCAACAAAGAUAAUGGAGAUAUGGGCACCACCCUUGGAUCUGCGCAAGAUUUUCUCACAUGACGACAUCCAACACAUAAGAAUUCAGUACAUGAACCAACUUUUCUUUUGGAAGAAAAACACUGCAGACAAGAGCCUUGUCACUGGUUUCAACUUACAGGGUGACUUCGUCAGCAAUCCUCCAUGACAGCGGUGGCGUUUCUCUGUUUCUAGGCUUGUUGGAUGGGCAUCAAGAGAAGAAGAGAGCUCAUUUAAAACAAUUUUGUAGCAUCAUCUAGAUCAAUUUUUGUGUAGUGUAGUGGUCGGUUGAACUGUUGAGAAAGUUGUCGUUGGUUGUACGAGCAUAUCAUAUUUGUUGUAAAUGGUGGCCACUUCCUUUUUCAUGUAGAUACAAAUGUUUGUCUUCUAUGUCAGAUGUAUACAUUCAGAGACAGACUAUCAUUUACCUUGUCAGUUUGUUUGUUCUUC